CGUUUGUUAUAGUUCGAUAGAACCGACACCACCAAUUCGCAGACGCAGAAUGUUGCAGCAAAACAUGGUGGUUGUAAAGAACGCUGUGAAGCGUUAUGGGAAAGAAGAGUUGGUGCUCGACGGAUUGAAUAUGACGGUUUCAAACGGUUCCAUAUACGCGCUGUUGGGGGCUAGCGGAUGUGGCAAGACUACCCUGUUGUCCUGCAUCGUCGGAGUACGUUAUCUCGACAGUGGAGUGAUGUGUGUCUUGGGGGGAUCUCCGGGCAGUAUGGGCUGCGGAAUUCCAGGGCCUCGGGUGGGUUAUAUGCCGCAGGAUACCUCUUUAGUCGAACAAUUUUCUACGAGCGAUGCUCUUUAUUACUUCGGCAGGAUCAAUGGGCUUGACGAUAAAGAGAUCGAAACGAGACAUAGGUUCUUCUCGGAAUUAUUCCAACUGCCUCCAUCAAAUCAGUUGGUGAAGAACAUGAGUGGAGGUCACCGAAGAAGGGUUUCCUUUGUCGCCGCAUUGAUGCAUAAGCCCGAACUUCUAAUUCUCGAUGAACCCACCGUAGGUUUGGAUCCAAUUUUGAGAGAAAACAUUUGGGCUUAUCUGAUCAAACUAACACAGGAGGAAGGCACCACCGUAUUGAUCACGACGCAUUAUAUCGAAGAGGCUAAAAAGGCUAAUAAAGUCAGUUUAAUGAGACAUGGUAAAUUGUUAGCUGAAUCGGCGCCGCAAAAAUUACUGGAGAAAUUUCAAUCCUCGUCGUUGGAUGAAAUUUUCCUGAAAUUGUGCGAGGCACAGAAUAAUGCAGUCACUUUAAAUGAAGCUCAGGGAUCCAAUAUGGAAGACACUGGUAGCGAUGCCUUCAAUCACGAUCAAAACAAAUAUGAACAACUAAAUGGAAACAAAACGGUUUCGAAAAGACAAGUUUCACGAUUAAGAAGAUUCCAAGCUCUACUUGUGAAGGAUAGCAUCCAAGUGACCCGUGAUUACACAACGCUAAUUCUUGCGAUAUCAAUACCGAUAUUAAUAUGGGCUGGAGCACUUUUGGCAGUUGGUAAUGAUCCAAAGAACUUGAAGAUCGGGAUUGUUAACGAUGAAGCUGGCAAUUGCGACGGCAGCAACUUUGGCAAUAUUUGGAAUGAUGAAAUCAGCUGCCACUUCAGCAACCUCAGUUGUAGAUUCCUGAACAAUUUUGACGACUCCAUUGCGACACAGAAGUACUAUAACAAUAUUUCAGAGGCGAAAUAUGAUAUUCAAAGAGGAGAACUUCAUGGUAUAAUAUAUUUUCAUCAAAAUUUUUCUGAAGCUCUAACAAUACGAGUGGAACAUGUUACUUUCGCGAAGGAUUCCGAUCUUCUUGCUAGUCAGAUUCAAGUUUUCCGUGAUAUGGGUACGGUAUAC